CGGCGGCGGAAGUGACGGUCAGUGUGGGGUGCUUGUCUUUGGGGGAAGAUGGCGACUGUGGCUGUGCUAGGCAGUGAAGAAGGUGAUUCAUGGCAGGGGACGUGGAAGGAUUUAGUUCCUCUAUCCAUGACACCAGCGUUUCUGCUGGGUUCAGAACACUGUAUGAAGAGGGAUUGCUUUUUGACGUCACUCUUGUUAUUGAAGAUCACCAAUUUCAGGCUCAUAAAGCAUUGCUUGCCACCCAAAGUGAUUACUUCAGGAUUAUGUUCACUGCUGAUAUGAGGGAGCGGGAUCAGAAUAAAAUCCACUUGAAAGGUCUAACUGCCACAGGAUUCAGUCAUGUUCUCCAGUUCAUGUACUAUGGAACCAUUGAACUGAGUAUGACCACUGUUCAUGAGAUCCUGCAGGCUGCCAUGUAUGUCCAGCUUAUUGAAGUGGUUAAAUUCUGCUGCUCCUUUCUCUUAGCAAAAAUCUGCUUGGAAAACUGUGCAGAAAUUAUGAGACUCUUAGAUGACUUUGGUGUAAACAUCGAGGGUGUCAGAGAAAAGCUGGAUUCCUUUUUGUUAGAAAACUUUGUGCCUCUCAUGGCCAGACCUGACUUCCUGUCCUAUCUGAGCUUUGAAAAGCUUAUGACUUACUUGGAUAAUGAUCAUCUGAGCAGGUUCCCAGAGAUAGAGCUCUACGAGGCUGUUCAGGCUUGGCUGCGGCAUGAUAGAAGACGCUGGAGGCAUACCGACACCAUCAUUCAGAACAUCAGGUUUUGUUUGAUGACACCAUCCAGUGUUUUUGAAAAGGUGAAAACAUCGGAAUUUUAUCGUUAUUCCCGGCAGUUGCGGCGUGAGGUGGAGCAAGCUAUGAAUUACUUCCAUAGUGUACACCAGCAGCCUUUGAUGGAAAUGAAAUCAAAUCGCAUUCGUUCUGCCAAACCCCAGACAGCAGUAUUUAGAGGAAUGAUAGGACACAGCAUGGUAAAUAGUAAAAUCCUUCUCCUGCACAAGCCAAGGGUAUGGUGGGAGCUAGAAGGCCCACAAGUACCUUUACGCCCAGACUGCCUUGCUAUCGUUAAUAACUUUGUGUUCUUAUUAGGUGGGGAAGAGUUGGGGCCAGACGGUGAAUUUCAUGCUUCCUCCAAAGUGUUCAGAUAUGACCCAAGACAAAAUUCUUGGCUACGAAUGGCAGACAUGUCUGUACCACGCUCAGAAUUUGCUGUUGGUGUUAUUGGAAGGUACAUCUAUGCAGUGGCUGGGAGGACAAGAGAUGAGACAUUUUAUUCAACUGAGCGAUAUGAUAUCACAGAAGAUAAGUGGGAAUUUGUGGAUCCCUAUCCAGUCAAUAAGUAUGGACAUGAAGGAACUGUUCUUGGUAACAAGUUGUACAUCACUGGUGGAAUAACAUCCUCUUCCACAUCAAAACAGGUUUGUGUGUUUGACCCCAGUAAAGAAGGGACUGUUGAGCAGCGAACAAGGAGGACUCAAGUGGUCACUAAUUGUUGGGAAAACAAAUGCAAAAUGAAUUAUGCAAGAUGUUUUCACAAGAUGAUUUCAUAUAAUGGCAAGCUUUAUGUUUUUGGAGGUGUCUGUGUAAUCCUAAGGGCCUCUUUUGAGUCUCAAGGGUGCCCUUCCACAGAGGUUUAUGAUCCAGAUACUGAUCAAUGGACUAUUUUGGCUUCAAUGCCAAUUGGUAGAAGUGGCCAUGGUGUAGCUGUGUUGGACAAACAGAUAAUGGUUCUUGGAGGCCUUUGUUACAAUGGGCACUACAGUGAUUCAAUACUUACUUUUGAUCCUGAAGAUAAUAAAUGGAAAGAAGAUGAAUACCCAAGAAUGCCCUGCAAGCUAGAUGGCUUACAAGUUUGUAGCCUACACUUUCCUGAAUAUGUGCUGGAACAUGUUAGACGUUGCAGCUAAAAGAAAAGACCCAAAAACUAUUUAUAAUUUGAUGGGGAAAAGGAAAGCUGAUUUAAGCCCACUGAAGACAUAGUCCUUUGUAAUACACCUCUUAAAUUAAUAAAGAGAGAAAAAAGUGUACAGGGAAUGCAUCUACAGAGUUUAUUAGGAAUGCCAAUAAUUGUGGUUUUGUAUCGAUUUUAUUUUUUACAUGCUGUUGUAUGUUUUGAGAGGGGAAACUAGAAGUUGUUCUUCCAUUUCAUGUUUUAAACUCAUAUAAUAAGUUCAUUGUGUGAGCGAAGACGACUCAUGCUUCAGGAAGCACUGGAAUCUACUGUGUUUGCAAGGUGGGUCGGAAACAUAUUGUGUGCAUUUUAACUUUUUAAACUGUGUUGGGAUAAAAUUCAGCAGCCUUACUCUAGAACACAGCCUGAUUCCUAAUGUAGCAAUGAAAGGGGCCUACCAGUUUGUUCCUGUACAUUACUUGUCCUUUAAAUAUUUUUUCUUCCAUUUAUAAGCUCUCCUGAUUAGGUCUGACAGUUUCAUUUUGCUAUCAGUGACAAUUCAAAAUGGUUUUCUAUCGUUUGCAUGACUUUCCCUUUAAUUUUUUGCAGUAGCUCCAGUAAGUCUGCUGAAAAAUACACUUGUCUUAAAAGUAACACUGACAGUUUUCUACUAAAAUACUCUAGGCUGCCUUGUCUGCAUUGUUGUUUGUGAAUAAAAUAUAUCUCCGUACACAUACAGGAAUACAUUGUAAGAUCAAGAUGAAAUGCAUAUUUUUGUGCAGCUAGAAAAGUCUAUUUUUAACUAGUGCACAGAUAUCAGCCACAUCUUAUCAAUUUUAGCUGUGAUAGUACCCUUUAACGUACUUAAAUUUGUUGGGUAACUGGAGGCAUCAUUCCUAUCAAUGUCAACUUAUAUUUGGUAUAUACUGAUUGAUUCAGUAACAUUUAAACUCAUUUUACACUAAUUGUAAGAAAAGGUGAUUUUUGUUUUGUUUUUUUUAAAAAAUCUGGAGAUCUCAGCCCAUGUUCUUGGUACUUUACUCUUGAAAUACAAAUAAGAAAUGUAUAUAAUAAUCACUAAUAUUGCUCUGUGUGCAGGGUGGUUGUGCUUUCCCCUAGACAUUAUUCCAAGAAGCUUUGAAGCCAAACAAUUUCUUGCACUGAUUGGGCUAAUGUGCUCAAAAAACAUUGGGUCAGGCAAACUUCUAGUUUAUUGUUUGGAAAAUAACCAUUGGCCUCACAGUUCUUGAAUGGAUGUCUGAGGAGCUUGAGCAACUUAUCAUUUUAAGAGCACUUUCUUAACUUGUUGAACUCUGUCUGUAGAUGAGUGAUAUCACUGAAAAUAAAUCUGAAUAGAGUUCUGAGCUGAAAAACUGAAAUUUCAGUAUCUGCCUUUAAAAGUAACACGUGGAAAGUGGAGAUGGGCAAAGUCCUGCCUUGGCAAUUUAAGGUUUGCGGAUGCUUUGCAAACUACUGAGAUAAGACUUGAUAAGAGACAGAACUGCUCAUGUAAAAACAUGGAGGCAUAAACUGUAGAGUUUGGUUUCAGCAUUUUCUAGAUGGAAAUCCCUGUAGAAAAUGUAUUCUGAGAGUUCAAAUAUGCAUGCCAAAAGCCGCCCCCAAAUUCUGUGUUAAACAACACAUUUGACUGAAGUAAACAAAAGAGCAAUUGAAAUUUUGUAAUGCUACCCCUUACAGAUUAUUAUAGAACACUUGUACCACCUUUCAACUAUUGGAUAUAAAAAUUUAUAAGGAUAUGUAUGAAGUAAUAUAGAAAAGACAAAGGAUUACCUUAUGAUUUCUUUUAAAGUAUCCAUUUAAUCAGUAGUAUAAUCUACAUUGUUAACUGAGGUGAUAAUGUAUUAAAACUAUUGCUAGACAAAACUUUUCUCAUACCUUUCAACACCAAGCCAACCAGUAAACAUUGGUUACCAAUGUUAGCAAAUAUUUGUGUGCUCAGAAAUUCGAAAUUGUAUAUGCUUCCCAAACAGAAGCAUUUGCAACUUUGAUAGCACAGCCCCAAAUGCGCACACUGGUCCCGGAGUGAUGUUUUGUUCUGUAGCAAACAUGUUAACUUCUACAAAAGAAUGUUUUUACCCAAAGUUGAUUUGUUACUAAAAAUAAAAUAAAAACUCUUACAAGUGGACCAUCAGAAAGUUACACCAUCAGCAUCUUUAUAAGAUAAUAAAAAAUUGGCAUGCCAGGGAGAAAGUUCUAGCCUAGCCCCUAACCAACAUGUUAAUUUUGAAAACCCAAGGGUUUAAACAAAAACAUUUACAUUGUGGGGGACAUUCAGUCCCUCUACAAAUUCUAUUGUCUGUUUGGUCUUACAUAAUCCUGUUUAGAACAGGAUCUUGCAAGAUUUAUAGCUGUGCCAAUUGGCAUACACUACAUCAUAGUUCAUGACUAAAGGAGUUCUCCACAGCAAAACUGUCAUGUGAAUCUAAUUUUAAUACUAUAUUUGAGCCUACCUACCAAUACUUGAUAUAGAAAACCAGUGCAGCUUGAAAAUGUUUUUUCUAUAUUUAGAGCAUAAGGAUAACUAAAACAGAUAACAAUAAGACCAUAUAAAGGCCUUUAUGACAAUCUUAUGUGUAUAUGAUAGUUUUUAGUAGAUUAGCAUAUAAUGCCCCUGCACUCAUGCUGUAAUCCUAACAUAGCACCAUAUUUUGUGAUGUAUUGGUAUAUCAAUUAAGAAUUUAUGUGCUGCCAAAUUAAAAUCCGAGUCUGAUUCAUUCAAAACAAAUCAUUGUAUAGUGGCUGCUCACCAUGAGGACCUACCAAUUUUACCACACCACAGAGAACCACAUUAAAAAAUGGUUUGAAGUGGCAUGGUAAAAUAGGAUUCCUAUGGGUGAAAUGCCUAAGAUUUGUUUUGAAUGUGUUAAAGGCCCUUUUUGCAUGUAAUGUUAAACCACAGUUUUGCAUUACAUGCCCAAGUAGCAGCAAGCCUUACGCUUGCGCAGUUCCCCUUCAGCAUGGCCACAAUGACAAGAUCAGAUACUUUUGGUUUUAAAAGAACAGCAUUACAUCUGAACCUGGAGGAGCAUUAGUUAAGCCAGGUUCAAAACUGUGGUUUAUGACUGGUGUGUUAACAACAGGAGUGGGAAAGGGAAGCUUGUGAGUUCAUCGCUGCUCAUGCAUACAACACUAAACAAUGGUUAGGUGUGAAAUGGCCCAAAAUGUCUCUGCACAUGCAAAGCUGGUAUGUUGAUUAGUUCAUUUUUGUGUGGGUGUGCUUUCUAACUCUUCCUCCAUGUGCAUAUCUAAAAUGGAAACAGAUUAUACCAUGUACUGUCCCCCUGGUGUCAAACAACUAGAGUAAUUUUUUUAUAUAUAAAGGUUUAAUGCCUAGGCAAUAGAAAAAUUAGACGUCAGUGCUUUUAAAUGUGUGCCACUUUUAACUAGUUCUUUGGUUUUAUGGUAUUGCUUUCAACAUCAUAGAAGAAUUAUUUGAAACAUCAGGGGUAGACAAGUUGUGGCCUAUAACUGCCAUCAGCCCUAGCCAGCAUAACCAGUGAUGAGGGAUCAUGGGAGUUGUAGGCUAAAACAUUUGGAGGGCCACAACUGCCCACCACUGAUGUUAAAUAUUGGAGCAUUAAGAUGACAGACUGAGAUCAGAAUGUCAGAGCGUGUAAAAACAUUUAAACUAGUUAUUUAGAAUUCUACAGUGCUUGUGGUUAUUUAAUCCCCUAUUCUCCAUUCUGUUGUAAUACAGCCGUUUUAAGACUUGAAGCCCAGUGCUAUUCAAAUUUAAUUGGAAGCAAGCCCCAGGUCCAGUGAGUUCACUGGGGCUUUCUCUCAAGCAAAUCUGUAUUGGAUUGCAGCCUUAUUUUAUUCAAUCGCCCUCUUAUGUACACUGGAUGUUUUUGUUUAACUGUUGUGUGUGUUCACUCUUAUAACCUCUGUCCCAAAUUGCAGGUGGGGGGAAAUCAAGCAUCUAAAGGAUGAUAUUGCUAUUCUUUUGUCUUGGAUAUGGUUAAAACACUAUUUAUUUGUCAAUUUUGUGUGUGUCCGUGAACUUUAGCCUAUUACCUUGCUUUCAUUCAUGAUAACAUACACUAGUUUAGGUGGUACAUUCUCAGGAUUUCUAUGCAUUGCCUAAAUGUGCUUAAUUUGAAACAGAAAAUGGUGGAGGAGAGUGGUAACAGUGGACGCAUGUUUGACUCCUUUUAGUUUUAAAUUGUGGUUCUCUGGCAUUAGACACUUUUUCCAUUUUUCUUUGCUCUAUAGUACAUUAUUAUUAUAGACUAGAACUUGUCCAGUACCAGACUCUUCAUAAAAGGCUCAAUACUUGAUUGAAGUCCUAUGUUUUCAAUUUGCGUUGGUGAACCAGCUGCCAUUUUAAGUAGUGCCAAAAGCGACUUGGGGCAUAAAAGCUUAGUACAGGCAAAACCCACAAUCCAACAGUUUCAAGCACACUUUAAACAAGUUGAUAUCAAAGGGAUUGGGUAUGCUGCACUGGAUGACCCAUACAUUUUACUUAG